GCGUCUACUUAUCGCAUUCGUGUUCAAAUUUGAUCUCUCAACAGAAUUGCAUUAAUUCACAAAAAAAUUAAUUGUUAGGGAUAUGAUCCACUCGUACAAGGAAUAAGUAUGGCCCAUAGAAUUCUCCAAAAGUAUCCCAGAACGAUGAUCAAUCGUUCCCGCGAGGUAGUACAAAAGUAUGAAUAUCUUCUUGUGAUGGACUUUGAGGCCACGUGCGAGAGGUAUACGGUGCUCAAGCCGCAGGAGAUUAUCGAGCUACCAUGCGCAGUGGUAUCCACCUGCGAUUGGAAAUUAAAGGACAUGUUUCAUACAUAUGUGAAACCCAGAGUCCAUCCUACUCUCACGCCAUUCUGCACAGAAUUAACUGGGAUCAUGCAAGAGACAGUGGAUGAUCAGCCUUACUUUGCGAACGUGUUUUCAAAUUUCUGCGAGUGGUUGACUAAAGGAGGAUACUUUGACAAACCUGAGAAAAGCUCGUUCGUCACAUGCGGUAAUUGGGAUUUAAAAACUAUGCUGCCGAGUCAGUGCGCUUUGGAUGGUAUUACGUUACCGGAUCAGUUCAAGCAAUGGGUAGAGUUGAAGUACAUAUUUUGCGAAUCUACCGGAUAUUACCCUAAGAGUUUAAAGGACAUGCUUGUGCGAUUGAAUGUUCCAUUAAAGGGACGUUUACAUUCAGGGAUUGACGAUGUAAAAAAUAUGGUAUCGAUAAUAUUAGUUUUAAAAGAGAAAUACAAUACGCAAUUUAAAAUUACUUCAUCAUUAACAACUUCUGCGAUAAACUUAAGUAACAGAUUGAGAUAACUAGGAAUGUAUUGAAGAAAAACACGUGAUAGUUUGUUAAAAAUUAUUAAUAAAAUAU